AUGUCUAAAAUCGGAAUGAAGAAGAACAAAUCGAGAUCGUCGAGGGCUGGACUUCAGUUCCCAGUUGGAAGAAUCCACAAGAUUUUAAGAAAUGGCAACUAUGCACCGAGGAUUGGGAGCGGGGCACCAAUCUACUUGGCGGCAGCACUAGAAUAUUUAGCAGCUGAAAUACUCGAGUUGGCUGCAGAAGCGGCUACUGAUAAUAAGAAGAGCAGAGUUAUCCCAAGACAUAUACUGUUCGCAAUCAGAAACGAUGAAGAAUUGAACAAAAUGUUGUCUGGUGUUACCAUUUCGCAAGGAGGAGUGUUGCCAGCAAUUAAUCCCAUUUUACUACCAAAGAAGACGAUGAAAAAGAUGCGUAGGAUAGAAGAAAUUUAG